AUUAUUAGAUAGACAGAUACGUAUAUGCGUGAGUUUGACUGUAGGAAAGUAUAUUAUUAAUAAAGCAUCAGCACAAUAGACGGAUAAUAACAGGUAGUAUAACAGUGCAUUUAGUUAUUCCCUCGCAGGCCUGCUGUCACAUGGGUUGGGCUUGUUUAGGAGGGCAUCCAAAACACACACAGACACGCACACGCACACGCAUCCGCACGGUCAGAGGGUGGAGGAAGGCGGAUCUGUAAGUAGGCUAGACUCCAGGACUUCCUCAGCAGAGCAGAGCGAAGCGGAGCGGAGCCUGCAGCGCAGUGAGUAUCAUGGAUGAUUCUGCUCCACGUUCUGGUCGUGCUACAUUUGCGUGGCUGGUGGGAGCAUCACAAGUUCUGGGUUUGACAUCAGUGGUGCUGACCGGUGUGUGGAUGGGUCACUACCGUGGGGGCUUCGCCUGGGAUGGUUCAGCGCAGGAGUUCAACCUGCACCCUCUGUGCAUGGUGCUGGGGUUGGUCUUCCUUCACGGCGAUGCCAUCCUGGUCUACAGAGUAUUUCGAAAUGAGGCAAAGCGGAAUGUCAAGAUGCUUCAUGGCAUCAUCCACCUGCUCGCCCUCAUCAUCAGCAUUAUAGGUUUUGUAGCUGUGUUUGACUUCCACAGACAAUCAAAGAUUCCAGACAUGUACUCUCUACACAGCUGGUGCGGCAUGGCUACCUUAGUCUUAUUCUGUAUACAGUGGGUGAUGGGUUUGCUGUUCUUCCUGUUUCCUGUUGCGUCGUCAUGGUUACGAGCCUCGUAUCUCCCCAUCCAUGUGUUCUGUGGCGUGGCUCUGCUGGUUAUGGCCAUAGGGACCAGCCUGCUCGGCAUCACGGAGAAACUCCUCUUCAGCAUCAUGUCAACCUACUCGCUGUUCACCCCAGAGGGUGUUCUGGCCAACAUCUUGGGGAUCUUGCUGAUGUGUUUUGGGGUGCUGCUGGGCUACUUGAUCGCCAGGGAGGAGUACAGACGUCCACCAAACCCAGAGGAAGAGUCUCUGUCUGUCCACUUUAAGACCCUGACUGAAGGGGGGUCACCCACAACGCCUUGACGCACAAGAAGCCCGACACCAUCUACACGCUCCCUAAUCUGGACACUAACCGGUUCAGUUCAGUCCAUGAAAUCGACAAGAAACUUUAAUGAUA